ACUUUGUUAAACUGAGCCUCUGCUUCUGGAUAAAUCUGAUGCUCUGACUCCCUGCUGUUCACUGACGCCUCUGGAGGAACCUGAUCAUCAAUAAUCGAUCAGUCGAUGCUGUACAGGGGCUGUGAAACCUCCAGUCUUCAGCUGCUUUCUGUCAUCAUGUGGUUUCAGAGAAACAGGUGUGAAAGCUGAUGGGGUGGACUGAGCGUGCUCAGUGCUGCUCUCACCUGCUCAAACAGAAUCUCUUUGAUUACAGUUGGUGACCUGAACAUCAGCAGACUGUGAAACUCCUGCAGCUGCAGAACUUUCUAACUCAAGUUUGAUUUAGAGUUAAAACCAAAAGCUCAGUGUUCAGCUUUCAGACCCUGCAGAGGGAAACUUCCUGAAGAUGCCACUAAAAAGAAAACGAAGCAAAGAACUGCCUCAUAAUCUGUCUGAGUUAAUGAAGAGACUUGCUGAACAUAAAGCUUCAUUCAUCAAACUGUUUGACGGCAGCAAAGACAGGAUGAGACACAUCGUAGGAGAGGUUCAUAAGAUCGCUACUGAUGUACGAGAGAUGCAGGAGAAAACAGACAAAACGAGAACAGCAGGAGCUGUCGCUACAGGGUUAGCACUCACAGCCGGGCUCGUUGCAGCUCCUCUCACUGAGGGGGCGAGUUUAUUGGCAGCAGGGGCAGGAGCGGCAGUAGGAGGUGGAGGUGGUGCUGUCGCUGUGGUUCAUGCGAAUAUAACAAAAAUGAUGGUAGAGAAUGGAAGUGCACAGAAAGUAGAAGAGCUGGGAAAAGAGUUCAUGACGAUUGUUGAACCGAUGAAGAAGGAGCUGACAGAAAUAAAGACAACAUGUGAGAUGUUGGAGGAGAAAUCUGCUGAAAGUGAGGCUAAAAAAACUCUGACAGGGAUGGAGGAGUUUCAGAGGACUCAGGCACAAGUGUCUGAACUGCAGGAAAUGAACAAGGGAGUUUUGGACGGUGUUUCAGCAGUGAUGAGAACAGUGGCUGAACUGUUAAAGCUCAUUGUGAAAGUCUUCACAGUCAAAGCGACUCCUGAGGAGGAUGAAACGUUUAGAUCCUCCAUCGUCCAGUUUGCUGAUCAGUGUCAGAAGGUCAUUGAUGACUGUGAGAAUAUGAAGAAGAACUCACGUGGACUCAUGUCUCAGUAUCUUUAACUGUCCAUUUACUAAUCUGGAUCAAAUCUGUGUCUGGAUCUGAAUCACGUCUCACAGCCCAGUGCUGAGGUUUAGUCCUGUAAACCACCAGAGGGCGCUGUAUCUGCUACUCUGCUGAAACUGGGAGGUGACGAAGAAGAAAAAUGUUGCUGAGGAUUUUAAAGGAAAGUGAAUCUUUUUUUUUUUUAGAUUUCAACAGGAGGAUAAAUGUUGUUAAUAAUUUUAAAUGUCUGUUCUUUUUUUUUUUUUUAAAUAUAAUAUUUUUGAUGUUUGCAGGGUUUGUAUAACACUGAAGAUGUUUUUCUUCGCUGAAUUACAUCUGGUUGGUUUGUUAUUUUUCCACAGUUAAUACACAGUUAAAACUUACUGCUUCUUGAAAUUGUAAUUAUGCAAAUAUUUGA